ACUGCAGCUUGUGUGCUGUGGACUGGGCCGGAAGACGGUUGCGGUUUCUCAACUGAAUAUUAGCGUAGUUUCAGCAAUAAUGUCUUAAUUUUAGCAUCUGAGAGAGUUUAUCAGAGAGCGACUAACUGCUGCUGCUGAAGAAAUCUUCUCAGAGGUUGAGAAAACCAUCGUCCGCUACGAGGAAGACGCCAGACGGCUGGAAAGCUGCUGGAGACCCCAGAUAAAACUCCCCAGAAUCGACCUCCAGAAGCUUCAUGUCUCCAUGGAGGAGGAAGCUUCUACCAUUCAACAACUCUGUAACAAGAGGAGAAGGUCCAGUCAUGACCAGGAGGAAGCAGAACCUCAGUGGUCUGAAGAGGAACAGAUGGAACCAGAUCGUCUUCUGAUUGAAGAACAGGGAGAACCAGAACCUCCAUGGAUUAAAGUGGAAAUGGAGGAACCACAACCUCAGUUGACUGAGGAGGAACAGAUGGAACCAGAUCCUCCUCUGACUGAAGACCAGAGGGAACCAGUACCUCCAUGGAUUAAAGAGGAAAAGGAGGAACCAGAACUUCCACUGAUUAAAGAAGAAAAUGUGGAUCCCAAGUCUUCAUGGGCUAAUGAGGAACAAAUGGAACCAGAACCACUGAUUGAAGAAAACCCAGAUCUUAUACUAAUUAAGGAAGAAAGGGAGGAACUAGAUUUAUCAAGACUUAAACAUGAACAGCUGAAUCUAGAAUAUUUAGCAACUAGAAGGGAGCAGAGUGAUGUCUGCAGCAGUCAGGAGGGAGAGCAGCUUGUCCAGAAGCAGUCUGUUGCUCUAAUAGAGACCUUUACUUUUCAGGAAAGUGAAGCAGAACCUAAAACUGAGCAGCUUUCCUUACAUAUCUCUCCUGUAGUUCAGACCAAAGACCAGAAAGGAAGCAGCUCCACUGGGCCAGAGAGUCAGUCUCGUAUUGACAUAAAGAAAAGUUCUUUAAAAAUGUAUAUUUGUGGAAAGUCUUGUAAGACGAGUGAUUUGAAAAAGCAUUAUGGAAUCCACAAUGGAGAGAAAUGUUUUCCUUGUCAGACAUGUGGAAAAAGUUUCUCUCGUAUGAGUCAUUUAAAUGUUCACAAGAGAACCCACACAGGGGAGACCCCUUUUUCUUGUCAAACAUGUGGAAAAAGCUUCUCUCAAAUUAGCCAUUUAAAUGUUCACAUGAGAAUCCAUACAGGUGAGAGGCCUUUUUCUUGUCAGACAUGUGGUAAAGGCUUCUCUCAAUUGGGUUCCUUGAAUGUUCACAACAGAACCCACACAGGUGAGAGACCUUUUCCUUGUCAGACAUGUGGAAAAAGUUUCUUUUGCAUGAAUCAUUUAAAUGUUCACAGGAGAAUACACACAGGUGAGAAACCUUUUUCUUGCCAAAUAUGUGGAAAAAAUUUCUCUCAAAUUAGUCAUUUAAAUGUUCACAACAGAACCCACUCAGGUGAGACCCCUUUUUCUUGUCCGACAUGUGAAAAAAGUUUCUUUCAACUUUGUUCUUUAAAUGCUCACAAGAGAACACACACAGGUGAGAGACCUUUUCCUUGUAAGAUAUGUGGAAAAAGGUUCUCUGAAAUUGGUUCUUUAAAAACUCACAAGAGAAUCCACACUGGGGAGAGACCUUUUUCUUGUCAGGCAUGUGGAAAACGUUUCUCACAGAUGAGUCACUUGAAUGCUCACACGAGAACCCACACAGGGGAGACCCCUUUUUCUUGUCAGACAUGUGGAAAAGCUUUUUCUCAACUCAGUCAUUUAAAUGUUCACAUGAGAACCCACACAGGGGAGACCCCUUUUACAUGUCAGACAUGUGGAAAAAGUUUCUCUCAACUAAGUCAUUUAAAUGUUCACAGCAGAACCCACAAUGGUGAGAGACCUUUUCCUUGUCAGAUGUGUGGAAAAAGUUUCUCUUGUAUGAGUCAUUUAAAUGUUCACAAAAGAAUACACACUGGGGAGAGACCUUUUUCUUGUCAGACAUGUGGAAAAUGUUUCUCUGAAAUGGGUUCUUUAAAAACUCACAGGAGAAUUCACACAGGGGACAGACCUUUUUCUUGUGAGACAUGUGGAAAACGUUUCUCUCAAACAAGUCACUUAAAUGCUCACAAGAGAACACACACAGGGGAGACCCCUUUUUCUUGUCAGACUUGUGGGAAAAGUUUCACUCAACUGGGUUCUUUAAAUGCUCACAAGAGAACCCACACAGGGGAGACCCCUUUUUCUUGUCAGACAUGUGGAAAAUGUUUCACUUAUGUUGGUCAUUUAAAUGUUCACAUGAGAAUCCACACAGGGGAGAGACCUUUUUCAUGUAGAAUAUGUGGAAAAACCUUCACUCAUAGUGGCAAUAUGAACGUUCACAUAAAACGCAAACACAAAAGUGAGAAAUAGCUAUUUUUUUACUUUCACAUAUGCUCCUUCCGAAUGUUUAUUUUUUUUUGGGGGGGGGGGUGGAUUAAGGACUCUUUAGCAAAGCGGAACUGCAUCAGCGGUCCCUGUGAUAAGUGCUUUACAACAGUGCAGUCAGUAAAGAAGGAGGAAGGAAAUGGAGCCUGUAUGUUUCCUCUCACGGCUACAUUAGCAUAGAAACCUCACGAUGUCCCCUACUGACUCCAAGGAGCUAUAAGGGGUCCCACAAUCCUUUGUGUAUAAGCAUGAUGCAUGAUGUACAAGCACAGCCCACCUCAGUAUUUUUGUGUCAUCUCUGGCUGUGUAGCACUAACAAUUGCGUUCUUAGGCCAUGUUCACACUGCAGGGAAAUUCAACCCAAAUCAGAUCUUUUUGCCCAUAUGCGACACAUAUCUGUUGUUUUUUUUUCAUGGCAGUGUGAACGGCCCAAUUCCAAUCUUUUCACACCACAAUAAAUUCAAAUUUGUAGCACUUCCAUAUAUAUGGUACUUAUUGGAUAGUUUUCAAGGCUUCUGCAGUCUGAAUGGUCACAUUUUAUCCGUCUUUCAUGCCAAUCUCCUUGCUUGAAAUUAGGGAUGUGCCGAAACCAGAUUUCUUCAAUCCAAGUACGACUACAAGUACUUCAACUUCAGUACUUGCCGAUACCGAGUACCGAUAUGAGUACUAAUAAAUGCCAUUAACCAUGAGAGAACUUGUAUUCGGCGUCGUGUUGUGUCUUAAGAUGUUUUAUCAGGUUACUUGUGUUGUAACUGCUAGGGUUUGUUCCUCCUCUUGAUAACUUUGAUUUACAUAUUUUGCAACUAGCCUUACUUUUGUCGUCCUCGUUUACUUGAAAAUACUUCCAAAUAGCAGACAUGGCUAACUCCUUCACCCUUUUUGUGUUUACUCCCUCCUUCUCUAUGCUCUGGCUGGCGGGUUCUUGACGUCACACUGCAUUCUUCUUCGCUGUUUUGUUUUGUCUUCUCCGUUUUCUUCUUCAGUUUGAUUUUCUUUUAUGUUGUUUUAUAGCUGCUUGUAGUGUCUGAUCGCAAACUAAUGCUUUCUGUUAAAGAGAAAGGUAUGCUAGUAUCUGGUCCUGUAGUAUCGGAACACAUUUAUGGAUACAAGUACGAGUACAAACACGUGGUAUCGGGCCCGAUACCAGUAUCGGUACAUCCCUAAUUGAAAUACUCAAGUAGGGAUGAGAAAUUCUCAUCAUAUUUAGUCUGGCUUUGAUGUGGUCUUAAUAUUGUUGGCCCCCAUUGCCCAGCAGCUUUCUGAUAAUGAAACAUGCUGGCCAAAAUCCAUGUUUUUUUUUUGUUUUUUUUAAUAAAACUAUAUUGAACCCUUCUAGAAACAGUUACAUUCACCAUUACUUCCAUAAACAGUGCACUGCUCUGUGACUUCUCCUUCUGUUAUCUGCACAUCCAAGAACCGUUCAGACCGCAGCGGUUCCAUUUAAUAGUAUGAACGGCCACCUCAAAAAAGAUCUGAUUUCAGCAAAAAAUCUCAAUUUGAGCAUCAAGAGCUGCAGUGUGAAC